AAACGGAUUCAUUUAGAGCUGCGGAACAGUACGCCCACUGAUGUGAAAGAACUUGUCCUGGACAACAGUCGGUCGAAUGAAGGCAAAUUGGAAGGCCUCACAGAUGAAUCUGAAGAACUGGAAUUCUUAAGUACAAUCAACGUAGGCCUCACCUCAAUGGCAAACUUACCACAGUUAAACAAACUUAAGAAGCUUGAACUAAGCAGUAACAGAGUCUCAGGGGGCCUAGAAGUAUUGGCAGAAAAGUGCCCAAACCUCAUGCAUCUAAAUUUAAGUGGCAACAAAAUUAAAGACCUCAGCACAAUAGAGCCCCUGAAAAAGUUAGAAAACUUCAAGAGCUUAGACCUUUUCAAUUGCGAGGUAACCAACCUGAAUGACUACUGAGAAAAGGUGUUCAAGCUCCUCCUGCAUUCAUAUCUCGACGGCUAUGACCCGGACGACAAGGAGGCCUCUAACUCGGAUGCUGAGGUAGUGGAGUGCCUGGAUGAUGAGGAGGAGGAUGAGGAUGAGGAGGAGUAUGAUGAAGAUGCUCAGGUAAUGGAAGACUAGGAGGACAAGGAGGAGGAGGAGGAGGGUGAGGAGGAGGAAGGUGAAGAGGAGGAUGUGAGUGGGGAGAAGGAUGAAGGUUAUAACAAUGGAGAGGUAGAUGACGAGGAAGAUGAAGAAGAGCUUGGUGAAGAAGAGGGUCAGAAGCGAAAACGAGAAACUGAAGAUGAGGGAGAAGAUGAUGACUAA